AUGGAGGAACAGCUGACAAACGCUCAAGGACAGUUACAAGAGAAACAUGAUCAGUUAGUGAACUCCAAAGCACAAGUGAAAAAGAUGGAGGAACAGCUGACAAACGCUCAAGGACAGUUACAAGAGAAGCAUGAUCAGUUAGUGAACUCCAAAGCACAAGUGAAAAAGAUGGAGGAACAGCUGACAAACGCUCAAGGACAGCUACAAGAGAAGCAUGAUCAGUUAGUGAACUCCAAAGCACUAGUGAAACAGAUGGAGGAACAGCUGACAAACGCUCAAGGACAGUUACAAGAGAAGCAUGAUCAGUUAGUGAACUCCAAAGCACAAGUGAAACAGAUGGAGGAACAGCUGACAAACGCUCAAGGACAGUUACAAGAGAAGCAUGAUCAGUUAGUGAACUCCAAAGCACUAGUGAAACAGAUGGAGGAACAGCUGACAAAAGCUCAAGGACAGCUACAAGAGAAGCAUGAUCAGUUAGUGAACUCCAAAGCACAAGUGAAACAGAUGGAGGAACAGCUGACAAACGCUCAAGGACAGUUACAAGAGAAGCAUGAUCAGUUAGUGAACUACAAAGCACUAGUGAAAAAGAUGAAGAAACAGCUGACAAACGCUCAAGGACAGUUACAAGAGAAGCAUGAUCAGUUAGUGAACUUCGAAGCACAAGUGAAAAAGAUGGAGGAACAGCUGACAAAAGCUCAAGGACAGUUACAAGAGAAGCAUGAUCAGUUAGUGAACUACAAAGCACUAGUGAAAAAGAUGGAGGAACAGCUGAUUAAAGCUCAAGGACAGUUACAAGAGAAGCAAGAUCAGUUAGUGAACUCAGAGACACAAGUCCGGGAGACAGAGGAACAAGUGACAAACUUACGAAGACAGUUACAUGAACAUUUAGUGAAUUCGGACGUACAAAUUAGAGAGGCGACACAGCAAUUGACCAAUGUCCAAGGGCAACUAGAGAGAAAAGAUGAAGAAAUCGCUGGAUUACAAAAUCAGGUGAUUGAACUCGAGAUGAGUCUCUCGACAGCUCAACAAUUAGCGUUAAGUGAACGUUAACGGCAAGAGUCACCUGACUGGGUUAUUUCACGCGAUCAAAUUCAGGUGACAGAUAAAUGCCUUGGAAGGGGAGGCUGGGGAAAUGUUGUGAAAGGAAAGUAUUGUGGCUGUGCCGUAGCUGUGAAACAAAUCCAUGACUUGAUUCUUUCCAAUCACAACCGCAGUUUGUUUGAGCGUGAAAUGAACAUUGCCUCAAGAUGCCGUCACCCGUGUUUGUUGCAGUUCAUUGGCGCAACAAAUGACGAAGGAAGUCCGUUGUUUGUUACAGAGCUCAUGGAAACAAGUUUACGAGCACUGUUAAAGCGACCGCUUUCUGCCUCUGAAUUGUUCGUUAUUUCCCUGGAUGUGGCUCGAGCAUUAAACUAUCUUCACCAGAAGCAACCAUUUCCCAUCAUUCACCGGGACAUCAGUAGUGCAAAUGUGUUGUUAUGGCGACAGGGUGACCAAUGGCGAGCCAAGGUUUCAGAUUAUGGCACAGCCAAUUUCAUGCGACAUACCAUGACAGUUGCACCUGGAGCGCCAAUUUACAGUGCACCUGAAGCAGUCACUAAAAACCAAACCGUUAAGGUAUGUUAGAUUUAAUAUUUGUUUUUUUCCCACAACGAUCCUUCGUCAAUGGUAUGUAUCCUCAAAUUUUAUUCAGUUAACGCGAAGUUGCGGUCAUUAUCACAUCGUCAUCGACAUUAUCGUUACCACCGCGUUGAUUGCUGCUAUUGUGGUUAAUAUCAUUGAAUUUAUUGUAAGUUGUUUCGACAUUCAGGUUGAUGUAUACAGUUUUGGUGUUCUUCUUUGUGAGAUGUCGAUCCAGGAAAUGCCAGAUCCUGAAAAGCGUAAACAGCAAGUUGCACUUGUAUCAAACCGCGUGAUUCGAGCUCUCAUCCGAGGAUGCUUGCAAACAGAGCCUGAGGAGAGACCGUGUAUGGAGGAAAUAAUCGAUGAACUUGAACAGCCAACGUGA